UUUAAAUAUUCUGCUAUUUUUCUCUGUGGUCGACUAGUUGUACUGGAGUCCACUGCACAGCUAUGCUGCACAGUGAAAGCGUCAGUCGCAGGUUCACCGACUGUUGAUGGACACAGUGAAUUGGAUUUUAAAUGUUUGUUAUUAUAGAGAUAUUUGUAAAAAAAUAGGCCAGCUGUCGAUGCAGGUCGUACACGAAGAAUAUUAACUCCGAGAGGGGUUUGAAUAGUAUUAGCUUGUGUGCUUCUAUAGCAAGCUAUCAACAGGAUAAAGAAGCUAGCUAGCCAUGGUUCUAAUGAUGGAAUCGCAAUGCGAGUAUUUUAUGUAUUUCCCUGCCGUUCCCAUCACGGACCUGUCCGACCCGUCAAAAUACCGAACUCUCCCCCGGCGCAGUCACCUCUACCUCGGCGAAACGGUACAGUUCUUGCUGGUCCUGCGGUCCAGAGAUGGAGUGUCGGGCUCGAGCGGGACAAAGGGAAGCGGGUCAAGUGACAGCGGUACCCGUGCUUGGAAGGAGCUGGUAGGGUCCCUCUCUGCUGUAGCAAGUGUCUGCCCUGGAGAGAGCCGACAUCGCUCCCAACUUCACCCCCACGAGUUCCAGAGAAGCUACAGCGACGACGGUGUAGACGAGGAUCCCGACGAGGUUGACUUUGCUUCGGGUACAGUCCACACAGCCAGAAGGGAGUCCAGGAAUCGAGGUUUCAGAGAAUGCAAGCCACUUCUCAUACACAAUAACACGGGGAGUGAUGGACGGCAGUAUCGGCGCGCACCGGUUCAGUCACCCAUGGACGAGCCAGUGGUAUUGAACGAUGAGGUCAUAUUCCCUCUGACCGUCUCAUUGGACAAACUCCCCGUCAACACCCUCAAGGUCAAGAUCAUAGUGACGGUGUGGAAGCAGGAGGUGGAAAAGGCAGAGAUCAGGGAACAUGGUUACCUCACCAUCCUACAGCUGAGGAGCCCCACACACACCUUCAGACAAGACCUUAAUACCUUCAAAGCCCAGGUCAGCACCACGUUGAGUGUUCUUCCUCCACCAACUGUGAAAUGUCAACAGAUGACUGUCUCCGGGAAGCACCUGACCGUCCUCAAAGUAUUAAACUCCAGUUCCCAGGAGGAGGUCUGUGUUAGGGACGUGAGAAUCAUUCCUAACUUCAAUGCGUCCUACCUCCCCAUGAUGCCUGAUGGCUCUGUGCUUUUGGUGGACAAUGUCUGCCACCAAUCAGCAGAGGUUGCCAUGGCGUCCUUCCACAGGAUGAACAGUAGCUCCUCCCACCUUCCCAGCAUGCUUUCUGCCCUGGAGGAGCAGAACUUGCUGUUUCAGCUGCAGCUCAGAGACCAGCCGGAGGAAGAGAGCAACGAGGGUCUGGAGGUUCCUUUGGUAGCUGUGCUGCAGUGGUCCACCCCUAAACUUCCCUUUACCAGGUACAUCUCCACCCACUACCAGCUGCCCAGCGUGAGACUGGACCACCCCCGGCUGGUUAUGACAGCUUCCUGUCCCAGUGCUGUGCAGCCUCAGGAGCACUUCCGGGUCAAAUACACCCUACUAAACAACCUGCAAGACUUCCUGGCUGUACGACUGGUCUGGACGCCCGAAGGUCGUGGUCGUCAGGAGGACCCCUCUGUCAGUUCUGUGGUAUGUCAUUCCCCCCUCAACAACCUGGGCCAGUGUCGGAAAGGAUCCACCCUCUCCUUUACCGUCGGCUUCCAGAUACUCAAGGCAGGACUCUUCGAGUUAAGCCAGCACAUGAAGCUGAAGCUUCAGUUCACAGCGUCAUGUUCCAACCCCCCUGCUGAGGCCAGGCCCAUGUCUCUGUCCCUGUCCAGGAAGAACUCUCCCUCCAGCCCUGCUGUUAGAGACCUGCUGGACAGACAGAGUCUGGGAAGAUCACAGUCCUUCUCUCACCAACAACCAUCACGGUCGCAUUUUAUGAGGACAGGAAGUGUGAUGGAGCGCAGGGCCAUCACCCCUCCAGUGGGGUCCCCAGUGGGUCGACCCCUCUACCUCCCCCCCGACCGCCCGGUCCUCUCACUGGACAAGAUCGCCAAGAGAGAGUGUAAGGUACUGGUGCUGGAACCUGGAAGAGACUGAGAGACGAGAGACAGGGAGAGGUGGAGGAAGAGAGGGAGUACUGGUGCUUGAGCCAGGUAGAAACAAUGACACUGUGAAGGAGGGAGGGAGUGAAGGAAGGAAGAAGGGAGACAAAGAGGAGAGAGAGAGACAUCUCUCAUGCUGAAAAUUUCCUACAUCCUACAACAAGGCACGCGUGAACAAUGAUUUACCAGACAGACAGACAGUGAAUGACUGACUGUACGUGAGCCACAUCAUUUGAAGACACCGGAGAAGUUACUUUCAACAACAUCAUUUCACGUUUUUAUCUCAACAACAUUUCAAGUUUUUAUUUCACUUUAAGGUCAACAUUCCAUUUCAUUCCUUGUUUUAUUCCUUGUGUAAUGCUGUAAUGAAAUGUGUAAAUAAUUGUUAAGGUUUUAAACAGGGUGAAUACAGAACCAGACUAUUUGUAGCAAAGUUUUGGGCACUUUUUCACUGAAGAUUGCUGUGUUUUCUUUACAGGGUUAUGGUAGUAGUUAAUACCUUGUUAAUACAUGUUGUUAUACACUGGUAUACAUUUUACACAGUAUAUUGUUCUCUAACACGUUCCUGACAAAAUGUACUUGAUGUAACACUUGGAUGUUAGGAUAAUUUUGUUAGUAAAAAACUGGAUUCUCUAACGUGAUGGAUGUCAAACUUGUUAUAAGAAAAGCACCAGGGGACCACAGGGAAGGGGUUGAGUUCUGUUGCAUUGUGGAAUAACUCUAGCCUGGUCUCAGAUCUGUUUGUGCUGUCUUCACAACUUCUAUGGUCAUUGUCACGAUAGGAAUUGGCAAGAGAGCACAGACAGAUCUGGGACCAGGCUAGAUCUGUUUCACCCGUGGAUAGUGUCAUCGGGUUCACUCUUGUUAGAAUGUGUUGUAUUUUAGUGGCUUAGAGCCACACAGUCUCUACACUGUAUUUAGUAGUUAAUAAGUAGUCUACCAGAGAUGUUUUUAGUUUAUGCUAAAUGUAUUUAUUGUCCGAUUUGUAUAAUUUAGAUUUUAUUUUGUCAGCAUUUGCUGCUGCUUAAAAGUCUUAAAAGUGCUUGUACAUACUCCUUAGUACACUCUAGAGUACACAUAUUGUACAUAGAAGUACACACUCCGUAACACACACUUCAUAGUCCACACUCCAUGAUAGGGAACAAUCCUUUCAAAUCAUUUUCCUUUCCCUUGUUAUACUGCUGUUCAUCCUAUUCCCUAUAUAGUGCACUACUAAUGGACCCUGGUCAAAAGUAGUGGACGAAAUAGGGAAAAGGGUGCCAUUUGGGACACAGGCUACACUGUUGUACACUGGUUGAUCCUGUUGACUGUUGUUGUUACCAUUCAUUCACACUUGACCUUAUUAUUAAGGAUUUAGUCUUGGGUAACAAUCCAGAAUAGUGGAUUAUUUAGAAGACGUAACGUCAGUCACUGUAGCUACAUUUUCAACUGUUUACAUUUGUGUUGAGAACAUAAAACGAUGGUGUGUGUGUGCAUGUGUAUGUGCGUGCACAAAUAUGUUUGUGUUUGCGCCCCUUAAGUAUUUAUUGUAUGCUUCUGAUUAAGUCUAAAAUAUUAUUUUAUUUCCUGGUUCAAUUGCCAAUGGGAAUGGCCAAUGUGUCUUUAUCCCUGAUGUAAAUGACAAUGUGAGGUUGGGGACAUUUCAAACAAUCUGAAAAAAUGUGACUGUGUGUCAAAAGCCCCGUUUAUACCUGGUGCUAACAUGCAUGCUUUGUCUUGAUGUUGUCCACAUUUUGAUUGUGCCCACAUUUUUAGACAGGUGUUGACAAUCAAAAUACACAUUGUGAUCUGAUUGUGAUCAGAUCAUC